AUGAUUUCUUCCACUCAACAACCAACUUCAUCCAUGACUGUACUCUCAUCCUCCGAAGAUAGGGAGGGUAAUGGUGCAUCUUCUACAAAUGUUGACUCUCUGAUAACAUCAGUUGAAUCUAUUGAAGACAUUUCAACAAGUCGUAGUAUGAACACUUCACAAAUACCAAAUUUACUUCAACAAUCAACAGCAACAACCAAUAAUUCCGAUCAUCAUGCAACAACAGAGGAAACAGAAGAAGGAGAUGAACCACCUUUUGAAAUAUCAGUUAUUGGAAAUACAGGAGUAAUUGCUAUAGCUUUGAAGGAUAAACAGGAUUAUAUUCACUCUGACAUUAUUCCAGCAAUUACGAAAAAAUUGGAUAAAUUAUUUAGAUUGGCCAAAGCAAAGCCAAAAAUUCAUAAAUAUUCGAGAUUGAGCGAAAUAUGGGAAGAAUUCAAAGAAUGGUUUGGAACUAAUGCUUGGGAAGUUUUCUUGUUCAGAUUGUUCGAUUGUUUGAUAGUCAUGUCUGUACUAUUCUGCAUGAGAAAGAUUUUACCUACAAGUAUUUCAAGACUUUUGGAAUGGUUUAUUGAUCCAGUCGAUGAGGGUUUCCCUUACAGUCAACAAGAACAAUAA